AUGCACUCUUUCGGGUACAGAGCAAACGCUUUGUUAACCUUUGCCGUAACCAUUCUCGCCCUUAUGUGCGCCAUGGCCUCUCUCUCCGACAACUUCAACUCUCCCUCUCCCUUCGCGCAAGUUCAGGUGUUGAAUAUUAACUGGUUUCAGAAACAACCUAACGGCAAUGACGAGGUUAGCAUGACCCUGAAUAUAUCAGCAGAUUUGCAGUCUCUUUUCACGUGGAACACAAAACAGGUUUUUGUUUUUCUAGCUGCUGAGUAUGAAACUCCUAAGAAUACCUUGAAUCAGAUAUCCCUGUGGGAUGGUAUAAUUCCCUCUAAAGAGCAUGCGAAGUUUUGGAUUCAUACAUCAAAUAAGUACCGCUUCAUUGACCAGGGAAGCAAUUUGCGUGGUAAAGAAUAUAACCUGACGAUGCAUUGGCAUGUUAUGCCAAAGACUGGCAAAAUGUUUGCAGAUAAAAUAGUCAUGCCAGGUUACCGAUUGCCAGAGGAAUACAGAUGAUACCUUCUUGUCAUAUUUAUGUUUUUGCUGUAACUUUAGUCUUUUCGGUAACGGAUAUAGAAGGUGAAUUUAGACACGGGAAGGAAAUUGGUGUUUUGGAAAGUGAAAUCAAUAGUGAUUGAAUACUUGAACAUCUGAAGUUUACUUGUGGUCUUCAAUUGUCUCUUGAUUGGUCUGAACCUUUUUUUCCC